AUGCCUCGGGGUCAGAAGAGUAAGCUCCGUGCUCGUGAGAGACGCCGCCAGGUCCGAGGAGGAGAAGAACCAAAGAAUGUGAAAAAUUCUCAAGCUACUGUAGGAAAAGAAGAACAUCCCUCUUCCUCAAGUUCUGAUAUCCAAAAUGCCCCUCACAGUUCAUCUGCUGAUGAAGCAAUCAGCAGUCAACCAGAGCUGGGGGGAGCUGAAUCUCUCAUGGCUGCUGCUAUUUCCGUUGUUACACAGCCAAGAUCUACUGAAGGCGCCAGCAACCAAGUUGAGGAAAAGCCAACUACUUCACUGGCUACCACUGAGCCACGUGUGGAGGACCUAAUAGACCAGAAGAUUGCUAUGCUUGUGCAUUAUCUGCUGUACAAAUAUCAAAUGAAAGAGCCCAUUACAAAGGCAGAUAUGUUAAAAAAUAUAAUCCAGUCUUGUAAGAAUCACUUCCCUGAGAUCCUGAAGAAAGCUUCAGAGCAUGUGGAAUUGAUCUUUGGACUUGAUGUGAAAGAACUGGAUCCAAUCAAGAACAUCUAUGUUCUAGUCAAUAAGCUGGAAAUGGGUCCUGAUGCAAAAUGCAGUGAUAGCAGAGGUGUGCCUAAGACUGGCCUGCUGAUGACUGUCCUGAGUGUGAUCUUUACAAAGGGCAACUGUGCCACUGAGGAACAAGUCUGGGAAGUGCUAAAUAUGAUGGGGAUACAAGAAAAUAGGAAUCACUUCAUUUUUGGGGAUCCUAAGAAGGUCAUUACCAAAGAUUUAGUGAGAGACAGGUACCUGAAGUAUGAAAGGAUACCUGACAGUAAUCCACCACGCUUUCAGUUUAUGUGGGGCCCAAGAGCCUAUGCUGAAACCACCAAAAUGAAAGUCCUGGAGUUUUUGUCCAAGAUCCAUAAUACUAGUCCUAAUUCCUUCCCAGAUUUGUAUGAGGAGGCAAUGAAAGAUGAGGCAGAAAGAGCCCAAGCUCGACUUGCAGCUCGGGCCCGAACUGCUGCCAUGGCCAGUGCACGUUCCAAGGUCAUGCCCAGCAACUCAUGUCCCAAGUAA